GAAUUAGGCGGAGCCGCCAUUUUGUACAAGAUAUAGCAGAACUCCCUGUUCUGUGGUAAAUUUUUUAUUUUAUGUAAUUUAUCGAAUAUGAAAUGAGUUCGAACGAAACUCAAAAGGAGAACGACGGAUAUAUAGCUCCAACAGGAAGCGCACAGGUAAGCUGAUUUGGUUUUAUUUUCAAAAACGCCGCCAUUUUGAAGAAUCGCCUCCCAUAUCGAUGUAACCCCGCCCUAUCUCCUCCCGGACGUGCCCACGGUCAAGGACAUGGCAUAAUUUAAAUUACGUAACAGAAACUUGGUUGAAACUGGAAAGAGAAUUUGCGUAAAUCACCUUUAUUUUUCAGGAUACAGCACAGCCAUCGCCUCUGGCAAUGUUGGCUGCAACAUGCAGCAAAAUAGGUGGCAACGGAAAUAGUGAAGAUGGACAACAGCAGCAGUACGGCUAUAUACAAACGGCUCAAGGAAAUUUGAUGGCUGUAGCAUUCGACUCUUCAGGAAAAAUUCAGCAAACACUUCCUCCACAAGCUAUAAACCAGACCGUUUUACAAACUGGACAGCAGGUGCAGCAACUUAACGGAAUUCAAGUUAUUAACCAGCCCCAACAACCUGUAGUAAAUAUGCUUCAGGUAAACGAUAACAACAAUAUUUCGAGGAACAGCAAGGCAAGUUGUGCUCUUAAGAGAGAUAUAACAUUUCUUAUCUCAGCUUUGUCUAAACACUUGCUAUUACAUUCUAACGAAAAAAUUAUAAUUAAUUUAAAAAAGCUUGCCUCGCGCUUUCUAUGCUAUUGUUUAAAAUUUGUAAAAUGAAAUAAUUUUUAAUACAUUUAAUUUUAGCCCUUCCAGAAUAUUAUGAAUGUUCCAGCUGAAGACACUUCUCAGCAGUAUGUCAUACAAAAUAAUCAGGUAAUUCCUGUGCUGGUACGCAAUAAUUCACCUCAAAUCAUCCAAAAUACUGUGAGUCCCAACCAAGUUCUGUUAGCUCAAAAUGGACAAAUGGUAGUUCAAAGAUCUGUUUUUCCUCAACAAACACUACCUACGACACUUUCAGCUGUCGUACAAAUCCCUGUUACAAAUGCCAAUGGUCAAACAGUUUUUCAAACUGUUCAUGUACCUGUUCAAAUGGCCCAACAAGCAGUGCAAGUUCCAGCUGUUCAGCAAUUUGUCACAGCAGCUCCUAGUAUGCAAGGUAUAAUUGUUCAAAAUGGUAUGCAAAGUCCUCAACAACAGAUUACAGUUUUAAAUCAAGCUCAAACUGAGAUGAUAAAGACUGAAGAGACAUCAAAGAAUGAGGUUAAAGCACCAACAGAAAUCCAACCCAACAAUGCCAUAACUGGUUCAACAACACCAACGACCAUUAUGCAAUUACCAAAAUCUUCUGCAUCCAACAUUUCAAACAACGUUAUACAGUUGCAAUAUGCCAAUAACGAUAGUUUUCAACUUGUGAAUGGCACAAAUGGUACUGCGUCUGCUGUCAUUGCUCAAGUCCAGAUGGACCCAAAUGAUCAUACGAAAGUUUCAGUUGUUCCUGCAGAAAGUAUUCUUCAAUCAACAGGAGAGCAAAAAAGACCGAAGAGGAUAGCAUGCACUUGUCCUAAUUGCAAAGGAACUGACAGCAAAAAUAAAAAUCUUAAGAAAAAGGAACAUAUCUGUCAUAUGCCAGGAUGCAAUAAGGUCUAUGGUAAAACGUCCCAUUUACGAGCUCACUUGCGAUGGCACAAUGAUGAUAGACCAUUUGAAUGCGAUUGGGCCUAUUGUCAGAAAAAAUUUACCCGUUCUGACGAGCUACAAAGACACAAAAGGACUCAUACUGGGGAAAAAAAGUUUCAGUGUAACGUCUGCCAAAAGAAGUUUACGAGAAGUGAUCACUUGGCAAAACAUUCGAAGACACAUGCUGAGAAAAAUACUGAGACACAAGACAAUACAUGGUAAUUUUUUUAUAAAUUAAAGGCUUUCUUCGUAAUUUUUUUUAUCCACAGAAUUCAAUUCUACCUCUUAUCGAGUUGCCUAACUCAAGUGUUAUGAUCUAGUCUGUUAAUUUUAUUCUAUGGUGUCUGGUCACGUAUCAGUGAUUUUGAAUAAAAUAUUGAUAUAUAUCCAU